AUGAGGAGAUUGUCAUGGUCAGGCAGCAGUUCCGAUCAUGUUCGAGGCUCGUCAUUAAAAAGGUCAUCAAAAGCCUUUCAGCAUCACUGUCAGCUCUCGAAAACCUCCGGAAGCACCCUCCCGAGGCUCCCCCCGAACGCCAGACUGAUCCCUCGUCUCAAGAGAUCCUUCCAAAAACUCAUAAUCAUCUCUGAGCAUCAUCCCUACUCGACGUAUCUGCGGAGUCGUGCGGCGAUUUCCGCGGAGAAGAGGAGGCACGGGAGGUCGAGGAACUGGUGGGUCGUUCAUCCCUUCAGCCGCCUCAGACUCCUCUGGGAUCAUUUGAUGGCCCUCACCUUCGUUUAUUACUUCAUAACGAUACCCUAUGUCAAAAGUUUCUCCAGAAUUUGUGGACGAGAGACUUUCGAGACUUCUAAAUUUGUCAAUCCGGUGUUUGGGGUGUGUCUUGCAGACAUUUUCAUGAGCUUUUUGACCGGUUUUCGGGAUGAGGAGGCCAUGGAGAUCGAAUUGGAGCCAAGGAUGAUAGCCAGGCAUUACACAGGUGGAUUUUUCCUCCUCGACCUGAUAACAUCGAUACCCUACACUUGGUUCACCUCCACCCACCUCGAGCCCCCCGGCCCCGAAGUCAAUUUCCUGCAAUUCAUAGCAGAACUAAUUCCCCUCCUCAAGAUAUUCCGGAUAUCGACAUUGAGACAUUACGUCAAACAACUUAUCACUGCACGCGGCUACAGUUCGGUCACUGACCUAACGGUUUGGUUGUCACUACUGAGUGUUUUCAUACUCCACUGGAGCGCCUGCCUCACCUGGGGAUUCCCCUUCGUCACUCUGUACGCCACGAGAGAGAAGAUCGAACAUUCUGAUGCUCAUGUCAUCAAAAGUGGAAUUUACAAAGAGAACGCUUGGUACAUUUACCUGUUCAGCUUGCACAUGGGACUGAGUAAUAUCGUGGGAUCGAAUUUUAUGGAGUUGAUGGACACUUCUAUGAGUGACAAGGUCAUCAGGUGCAUUCUGCUGCUGUUGGGGACUGGAUAUCUAAUUUAUCUCAUUGUUGUCUUCCUGCAACUGAUUGAAUCAUCCGCCGAGCCUGAGCUCAAGUACCAAGCGAUAAUGAGCCGAGUUAAAGAAUACAUAGAGGAUAAAAAUUUAUCGAAAAAUCUCGGCGAUAGAUUGAUUAAAUACUACGAGUACAGAUACCAGGGGAGUUACUUCAAGGAGAAUGCAAUAGCUAGUACUUUAUCGAAUCAUCUGAGGCUCGAGAUCAAUGUCAGGUCGAACAGGGGACUCUUGGAGACAGCCACAGUCCUUCAUAAUUUACCUAGAACACUUCUGGCGAAUCUAUUGAACUCGAUGACACCGACCAUUUACCUUGAGAAUGAUGUGAUUUACAAGUGCGGUGAUAAGGGGGACUGCAUGUACUUUAUAUCGAGUGGAACUGUAGCUCUAAUAAACUCCAUGGGAAAAGAAUUAGAUCACCUGGUAGAUGGCAACCACUUUGGCGAGCUCUCCCUCCUCCACCGGAACUACCCCAGGGAAGUCUCCGUAAUCGCCAUCGAGACCUGCGAGCUCCUCCAGCUCCACCGGCGCACCUUCUCUCGCCUCAUCAUCCCCAACUCCGAGCUCCACCGAAGACUCACCCGAAUAUCCGAAAAGAGACUCGAGGAGAUCCACAACUCCACAAAAAUAUCCCAGCAAGACCAGGAGAUCUCCAAACGUAGAAAAUUUGACAUGAAAAAACUCCUCAUGAGGACUGAAGUCACUUCAAUCAACUCGACCUCCACAGACUGAAAAAAUAUCGACAGAGAAAUGGAAAUUCAUGGAAAUUCAAUUCUUGUUCAUUCCAGUAUAUAUUUUCUUUCUUUUUCAUUAUACUUAUAUACUUCAAGUAUCCAAGCACGAAUAUAUGUUGGCAGAUGUGACAAGUUUUCUAUAAACUCUCUCGAGUUAUUCUUUCUUUUCGCUACUCCAUGAAACGUUUACAAUUGUUUAUUGAUUCAAUGAUUUCGAGUGGAAUAAUGAAAUUAUAAUUAU